AUUUAUUCUACAGAGCCCAUUUCAAAUAAAAACCUUGUACUUUCACUUUCUUAUUUAAAGCAGAUCGAACAUCAGUUUUGACGCGCUUUUGACAUAUCCUUAGUAUUAUUGUUUCUAACAAUAUGGCUUCUGACAACUCGUCCAGCUUGCUAAGCCGCCUAAGAAGAGCAGUGGCAAAGGUAAAGGUUCUGUUAAAUUAUAACAUUUAUAGGUGGCACGUUGCUUCGAUGAUGGGAAGGAGUUCUUUGAGAAGUAAAAGGUUGAGCUUCAACGAUCGACCGGGAUUGAGAGCUGCUAGCUCCGAUUUCGAAGACGACUCAGCGGCGGAUUCUCAUCAGGAUUCAGGGUCUAGUAGUGGAUCGCUUCAGAGAACCAUGAGCUAUCCGUCUGAUCAAGACUAUGAUAUUGAUCAGAGAGCUGAAAUGUUUAUCAAUAAUUUCCGCCGCCAGCUUCAGAUUGAGAGACAGGUUUCAUUGGAGCUUCGCUACUGUAGAGGAAAUAGCUUCGAGGGCAAGUCUCCCUAGCUGGUAGAAAUCCUUUUUUUUUUUUUUUUUUUUUUAAAUUUUUGGUUCUUGAUUAUUGGUUGAUGGAGUUUCAAGUUUUUGAUGAUCGACUCCAUUUGUGGAUUUUUAGUUUUUGUUUGCUUUUGUUUAUGAAGAUUCGAAGAAAAAAGAAGAGAAUUAAAUGGGAAAAGUAGUACCAUAAAUUCUCUUUCAUUUUCUUUUCUGUGAAUUUUAAGAAAUGUGUUGUAUUAUUUAUUUAUUUAUUUUUGGAAUUAUUUGAGUCCAAUUGUUUAGGAUAAUAAUACAUAUACUGUGGGUUUGAGAUCACCCGUGAUGGAAGUUUGAUGGUUUUUGUUUUUUCGUUUGUCUUCGUUGUUGGAGCUUGGAAGGGAGGUUGUUCCAAUGUGGUUUGGGUUUUGAUCAUUUUGUAAAUAAUAACGUUUUGCAAUAUUGAACAGAAAAAAUCAAAUUAGCUACUA